UCGGUUGUGUUUUGGGUUUCCGCCUUUUAUUCUUCAUGUUGCUAGAUUUGCAACAGCACAGUCACCUAGAGAACAAUUAACGAAUUAAAAACUUAUCUUCUCGACCUUAAUCAUUGGAUUUUCGCUUGGGCGUUGAAAUCAACAUGAAACAAGUGGUUGAGUAUCUCAGUUCGUCUAUUGCAUUUUCAGAUUUAAGAAUAAGCGCUGAAGCUUUGUGGGAGAGAAAAGUAUACACUUAUAUUGGUUGUGUCGGUGUGUCACUAUAGUCUGAAUUCACGUUUGAUGUGAUGUAGAGUGAUUUAAUUGAUCGAAUGAGCCCGAAUUAAGUGAACUUAUUCUGCUAAUUAGUGCAUUAAGGCAAUGUGACAAUGUCUGAAGAAGUAGGUUUAGUUUUUAUGAAUCUGAGCCUAUUAUUAGACGAUAUAUGCGUAUUUUUGAGGGAUGGCGUGAACAAAGAAGUAUUUUCCGCUGACUUUCAAAAGAAAGCUGAAACUUUAAUAAAACGCUCGAAGGUACAAUUACAGCAAAUUUCAAAUCUUUCAAAUGGAGAAUGUUAUAUGGACAUGGAAGAACAUAAAAAGGAGGAAGAAACUGCAGAAGAAGAAAUUUACACUGAUGCUAAUGAGGAAAAUGAACCGCCGGUGAAAAUUAAUGAAGUUUGUCCUUUUGUUGGCUUACCUGCAAAAGAACUACCUGAGAGCGAUAAAUGUGGAUUCAUUGAUAUGAAAACGAAAUUCAUAUUUGGAUUUGACUAUUUGAAAAGAGUGUAUGCAGUAGUACAUAUGGGUUGGUUUCUUAUUUAUACCAGUAAUAGGGACUCUAAACCAACAUAUACUUAUUCGCUGAAUUUCCAUAAAGCUCAACCAAUGCCGAAACCAGGAGAGAAUGAAACACAGUUGUUCUCUUUAACCAACAGUGAAACUAAUGAGAAGUUAAAGUUCUUAGCUCUAACUCACAAGGACAUGCUUCAAUGGAUAGCUAAAAUAAAUGAAUAUCAUCAAAAGAAUGAUAGGCAGCCAAAUAGAAUUGAGAAAAUGAUAACAGUUGAAAAAAUACCUGAAACAUCCAGUAACACCAAAGAAGAAGAAGUUUCAGAAGACGAUGAGGAAAAUUAUGAUAUUGUAGUAUUGAAAAUGAAUGACACCAAAAAUGAUAUGCAAAUGGAAGCAGAAGAAGAAGAAGAAAUCUAUGAAGUUAUAGGGCCUCAAAGCUCAGAAAACAGCCAGCUUAUUUCAAUGUCUAAGCCUCUCGAAUUACCAAGUCUUCCCAUAAGAAAACAACAAACACCAUUGCCUCCAUUACCAGAUGAAAAUGGCUCAUCAGAAUCACUUGCUUCAUACGAUAGUCCAGUUGUUAUUGCAGCUUUGGAUAGAAAAUCUAUUAUUUCGGACACAGCCUCAUUUUCUGAAGAAGAAGAGCAAGAAAUUUACGAUGAGUUGGUGAUUGCAUCACCAGUAGAACUGAGGAGUAUAGGAGUACAAAAACCAACAUAUCUGCCGGAUCCACCGAAGAGAGAAGAAACUUUUACUUCGGUAAUUUCAUCUUUGAAGGAUAUGAAACAGCAAAAGGAAAAACCGAUUCCCCCAAAGAAGCUCCCAAUUGAGAAACAAGUCUCUAAUAAGUCUAGCCAGUCACCAGUCAAAGAAACUCAAUCAUUGAUCACAAUGAGGAAACCAUUCAAGCCAUCUCUAAUUAAUAAUCAAAUUCCACCAGAUCUGAAAGGUGGAUCUUGUGCUAAACCUAUACCGCCAUUCUUAACAAAACCAAAAAUUGAUGUCAAACUCAUAAAAUCUUCAGCUAAUUCUAAACCUUCCACUAAGCACGUUAUGAAGUUAGCCAAAGAAAUGAGUUUGAAAUAAUAAGUAGUUACUUCUAAACAUUCUCAAUACAUAUAGAUAUAUUAGGAUAUUCUGUUCGUUAUUUUAUAUAUUUUUGAUAAAUAAAUAAAGUCAUUUUUAAACUAAU